AUGAAUGAAGGUAACAUAAAGAAAUAAGUACAAAUAUUUUAUUUCGAAUAGAAAAUCAAUAAUAUGAUGGCUAUUUUAUACUCUGUUCUUAAUACCAUUCAAUCAACUUUUUUUUCAAAGCCUAAAAAGAUUCCAAAAAUUUAUAUUAAUCAUUUAUUUACUCACCUGAUACAAUGAGUU